CCGCACUUUUUUCCACGGCUUUGGCAGUUACUUGUGACACACCUGAGGUGUGACACACGGAUGGCUUGGCAUGUAGGCAUCUGGCAGCAGCGGUCGAGUCCCAGACAAUCCAAUGCAGCCUCAAGCGUUCGCCAACAGCGUUGUUUCCACCGGCACAGUAAAGCACUGCCAGCUAGGGUAUCCGAUUAUAGACAUGAUACAGAAUGCCAUUUAGCGGAAACAAAGAAGGAACUUGACCGCCUGCUUCAGAACCUCGGCUUUCCACAAACAGUGUUGCCAGGCGAACUCAAGGCCAAAGCUGAAAUAGACAAGGUCCUGCAUCGCUUAGAGGCACUCAAUCCGAACCCCAAUCCGUUGCAAGCGGAUAUCGAACAGCGGCCAACAGGCGACCUAUCAGGCAUUUCUCCACUGCUGCUGGGCGAGUGGGAGCUGCUGUACGCUUCAAACGGAACGGUUGUGACUCGUACGGCACCCGCUCAAUGGUUGCUGCUGUCCGCUAGCAAGCUGCCUGGGAUGGGCCUCAGCGACAUCGAACAGGUCCUGUCCCUGAGCCCCGGCGACGGCUCCCUAACAGCGAGCAACUCGGCUGUGUUCGGGUUGGGGCCGCUGGGCAGCUGGCGGGUGGGCAUCCAGGGCGUGUGGCGCAGCGCGGGGGAUGGCAGGACGGCGCGGGUGCUGUUCGAUCAGAUGAGUGUGAAGCCCGUGGCGGCACUGGGGCUGCCUGCGCCGUCCUGGCUGCCGCCGCUCAAGCUGGCAGCGGGCGGCUCCGCUGGUGGCGGGGGCGGGCGGCUGGGUGCGGACUGGGUGACCAGCUUCCUGGAUGGGGAGCUGCGGAUAGGGCGGGGGCGGAGCGGCAACACGUUCCUGUUCCGACGCAAGACACCCAGGUAGAUAGCUGGCUUGCUAGCUGCCAGGAAGGGGGAAAAGAGUGAUGUGGUCGAGAGAGGGUGUAGCUGCAAUGUGAGCCGUAGGAGGGGUUCCUGUCACUGGAACAGGUGGUCGCGGUAACACGCUAUGGAGGGAUGUGAGGCCAAUCUGGCUGGAGCGGCAUCCGAAUCCCAAAGCCCAGUGCCCCACCCAUAGCCGAAAGUGAGCGCAUAGAUAUGCAUAGACGCGGAGCGGGUGGGGGAAGUGGAUGUCGUGGCGCUUAAGGUUACAAUAAGGGGUUCUUGGUAGUCAUGCUGGAGAGGACACGGAGUUGAGG